AUGCCGCGCGCCAUCAUCUCCCCCUCCGUGCUCGCCUCCGACUUUGGGCAGCUCACCGCCGAGUGCAAGCGCAUGAUCAAGGGCGGCGCAGAGUGGCUCCACAUGGAUGUCAUGGACGGCCAUUUCGUGCCGAACAUCACCAUGGGCGCCCCCGUGCUGUCCUCCGUCUCCAAGGGCGUCCCGGGCAUAUUCAUGGACUGCCACAUGAUGGUCGCCCAGCCCGAAAAGUGGGUCAACGACAUCGCCGAUGCCGGCGGCUCCCUCUACUGCUUCCACAUCGAAGCCGCCACGGACCCGAUCGCGCUCAUCGACGCGAUCCACGACCGCAAGAUGAAAGCCGGCGUCGCCAUCUCCCCCGACACGCCCUCGAGCGCGAUCACCGACGACGUCGCCGAGCUCGCCGACAUGCUCCUCGUCAUGACCGUCUACCCCGGUCGCGGCGGCCAGAAAUUCCUCGAGCGCUGCGUGCCCAAGGUCGCCGAGCUCCGCGCGCGCUUCCCCGAGAAGGACAUCGAGGUCGACGGCGGCGUCGGCCCCAAGACGAUCGACGUCUGCGCCGACGCAGGGAGCAACGUCAUCGUCGCCGGGACCGCCAUCUUCAACGCGCCCUCGCCCGAGCACGUCAUCGCGUCCCUCAAGUCCACCGUCGACGCCGCACAGGCCAAGUUCGCGUCGAAGCACUGAGAGCGCGCCUCCUACACGGACUCACGCGCACGGGCGCUCGCAUCGAGCCGCGAGCCGAAACAAAGAUGCAGAUAUGGCGUGCAGGCCGUGUACUCGUAAUAGUAGAAAGUAGCAUUCGACAAACGUCUUAUUAUGUAUCACUCGCACGGACGAGCGCCCGCGAUCC